AUGCUAGUACUGGCCUGGAAUAGGUGUUGCUGUGUUUUCGUGCUGCUAGUCGCAGCAUUAAGAAUGGUAAGGUCCCAUAAGGCAGAAGCGGGAUCCAAGGUGAACUCAAUCAAAUUGAGUCUUCUGGAACCUCCAACUGCAGCAACGAAUCGUUCUGGGACCGCAGUCCCCAAGAAAGACAACCACCUUGCUCAGGUGUAUCCUUGCAGCAAUGAUAAGGAAUGCAGUGUGGGAAGCUACUGCCACAGCCCCCAGCACGCCCCCUCCCGUUGCCUGACCUGCAGGAAGAGGAAGAGGCGUUGCAACAGGGACACCAUGUGCUGCCCUGGCAACCGCUGCAGCAACUAUAUCUGCAUUUCCGUUUCGGAAAGUGUUCUUUCACCUCACAUCCCAGCUUUAGAAGACCACAGCAAGUCCUCAUCCAGGGAUAACAGCUGGAAAAAGAGUGGCAGAGCACAGCCCAAGUUCUCUCAUAUUAAAGCUCACGAGGGAGAACCCUGCCUGCGUUCCUCGGACUGCUCGGAUGGCCACUGCUGCGCCCGUCACUUCUGGACCAAGAUCUGCAAGCCGGUGUUGCGGCAGGGUGAGGUGUGCACCCGGCAGAGGAAGAAGGGCUCCCACGGCCUGGAGAUCUUCCAGCGCUGCGACUGCGCCAAGGGCCUCUCCUGCAAGGUCUGGAAGGAGGCCACCUCCUCCUCCACAUCCAGGCUGCACAUUUGCCAGCGGGUAUGA